AUGUCCAUCCACGAAGACAACCCCAAAUCCAGUGGCGUCGACACGGCCAGCGAAAAGGUCGAGCACACCCACGUGCAAACCGCCGCCACCGCCGCUGACCUCUCCCCUGAGCAUCGCGAGUUUCUGCUGCAGCGACAUGGCACCCUCGACCUGGAUCCCAUCCCCGCCCCGGACGAGGCUGACCCGUACAACUGGCCCGUCUGGAAGAAAACCAUCAAUCUCGUUCUCGUCGCCUUCCACGCCAUGAUGGGCACCUUCACGGCCGCUUGCAUCAUCCCUGCCUACAUGCUGAUCUCCAAGGAUCUGGGAAUCAGCCUGCAGCGCGCGUCGUACCUGACCUCCCUGCAGAUCGCCAUCCUGGGAGGCGCCCCCCUGUUCUGGAGGCCCCUGUCCAGUCGCUUUGGCCGUCGACCCAUCUUCCUGCUAUCAUUGGUCUGCAGUCUGGUCACCAACGUCGGCUGUGCCAAGAGCCCCAACUAUGCGUCCAUGGCCGCCUGUCGCGCCCUGACGGCCUUCUUCAUCAGCCCGGCGCUGGCCCUGGGGAGUGUCGUCGUGACUGAAUCGUUCUUCCGCAAGGAACGCGCCCGAUACAUGGGCGUGUGGACCUUGCUGGUCACGCUGGGGGUGCCGGUGGCGCCGUUCAUCUUUGGCUUUGUUGCUCAGCGGGUGGGAUAUCGGUGGAUCUACUGGGUGCUGGCGAUUGUGAGUUUUUGCAAUUGUCUUCCUCCUGUUUCGUGGGUUAACAGGAACCAGGUCAAUGGCGUCCAAUUUAUCCUGUAUCUCUUCUUUGGCCCGGAAACCCGCUACGUUCCAGGAAACCCCGGCCGGUCAGGCUCUGGAUUCCGUCAGCAGUACCUGUCCUUCCGACGGAUCGAUCCGACUCCUCUGCAGCUGUGGGAAUUCAUCCAUCCUCUGACGCUGGCCGGCCGUGCGUCGGUGUCGAUCCCGGCCAUUGCGUAUGCCAUGAUCUUCCUGUUUGGUAGCGUGCUGGUCACGGUGGAGAUCCCGCAGCUGCUGCAAGAGAAAUUCGCCCUCAGCACGCAGGGACUGGGUCUGCAAUUCCUCAGUCUGGUGAUUGGCUCGCUGCUGGGCGAGCAGGUCGGAGGAUCGUUGUCGGACUUUUGGAUGAACUCGCGCGCGCGUCGCACGCACCAGCGGCCGGCCCCGGAAUACCGUCUCUGGCUGAGCUAUAUCGGAUUCGCGUUGACGAUCGUGGGCGUGAUUGUCUUCCUAGUCCAGAUCCAGAACUCGCCGGCGGGACACUGGAACAUCACUCCGAUUGUGGGCGUUGCCAUUGCAGCUUUUGGAAAUCAGGUCGUCACCACGGUGCUGAUCACGUAUGCGGUGGAUUGCAACCACGAGGAGUCGGCUUCCGUGGGAGUGUUUAUCACGUUUGUUCGACAAAUCUGGGGAUUUAUCGGGCCGUUCUGGUUCCCUGACAUGUUCACCAACGUCGGCGUUGCCAACAGCGCGGGUGUCGCGACGGCGCUCAUGGUCGGAGUCAGUGUCAUUCCGACGCUGCUGCUGCAAUGGCGUGGGCCGACCUGGCGGGGGGUGCGGCCACGAGUUGAGUCAGCUGCGUGA